GGCGACGACGACCCCAUCGACCCGCGCAACUGGUCGCUGCUUCGCAGAGGCACCAACAUCGCCAUCGUCGGGUAUCUGACCUUCGUCCAGUCCUGGGCGGGCGCCGCCGAGUCCAUGGCCAACAGCAAAGCCAGCGAAGAACAGGGCCACAGCCGGGUAGCCGAGAACCUAAUCGUCGCCCUGUACCUCUUCGGAAUCGGCGCCGGUUCGGUCUUCGUCGGCCCCAUUUCCGAGACCGUCGGCCGCAACCCGACCUAUCUCGUCUUCACCUUCUGCUUCCUGUGCUUCGUGGUCGGCGCCGCCCUCGCUCCGUCGUUUGACGGCCGGCUGGUGUGCCGUUUCUUCAUGGGCGUGUGCGUCAGCGCCACUCUGACCAUCAACGGCUCGAGCGUGGGGGACCAGUUCCGCCCGGUCAAGAGGAGUCUUGUGUUUCCCGCCCUUGCGUGGAUCAAUGUGGCCGCCCCCAUGAUUGCGCCCAUCGCCAGCGGCUGGACUGUCGAAAGUCCACGUCUCGGAUGGCGUUGGAACGAGUGGUUCACUCUGAUCAUCUCGGCGCCCGCAUUUCUGCUCGCGCUCUUCUUCUUGCCCGAGUCAUACCUGCCGCUCCUGUUGGACUGGAAAGCCCAGGGCCUUCGCCGCGCCACCGGAGAUCGACGAUAUGUCUCCGAGCAUGCUCAAUCGGCCACGUUCAAAGAGCGGCUAAAACAUGGCAUCACCAUGGCGCCCAGGUUCUUCGGUACCGAGCCAGUCAUCGCGGUCCUCGGCCUCUACCUCACCCUGAUCUACGUCCUCAUGUUCACCUUCCUUUCGGGCUUCGAAUACAUCUUUGAAAAGACGUACGGGCUGUCGACCGGGUUAAUGGGGUCGUGCUUUGGCGCCAUCGCGGCGGGGACCACCACUUGCACCCUCCUCGCGCCGGGCUUCUACAGCUGGACGCGCCGAAAGACGGAGCAUGUCAAGGGCGCGCCUGUGGCGCCCGAACUCCGGCUGUGGCCGGCUAUCGUGGCGGGCCCGCUGCUGCCCGUCUCGCUGUUCUGGCUCGGGUGGGUGAACGACAGCAGCAUCUCCAUCUGGUGCAGCCUCGGGGCAUGCUUCCUCUACGGCGCCGCCAUGUUCGCCAUCUACGUCAGCAGCUACGAGUACAUCAUCGACAGCUACGGCGAGAACUCGGCCACCGCGCUGUCGAGCAUCACCUUCGUCCGGUAUAUGGUCGCCGGAGGCAUGGUCAUGGCCGCGAGACCCAUGUACAGCGGCAUUGGUGUGCACUGGACCUUGACGCUGCUCGGCUGCAUCGGCCUCAUUCUCGCCCCCGGCCCCCUGAUUUUUUGGAAGCUUGGCCCAAAGCUGAGAAGGAAGAGCCCAUUUGCG